AUGGCGUCCGAAAAACGAGCCCGCACAUCCAGCAUGGAUGAUUCCAUGGACCAGGACUCUCCUGCUCCUGAAGACACACCCUCAUCCAACCCUCACGAUUCUGGCGCAACUCCGGUCUCUACCACACAGACCACAGGUGCCUCGACUGCCUCAGCUUCGAACCCCUCCGCCAGCACUCCCGCGACCGCCGGCACCGCCCAAACCGCCGACACCUCCUCCUCCGCCGGCACCCCCAAUGCGCCGCCUCCGACCUCCCUCUCCAGCACGGCCGCCUCCAAGAGGCGAAGGGGCCUGGGCGUGGUGACCCCCAAUGCCUGCACAGAGUGUCGGAAGAAGCGCGCAAAGUGCGAUGGCCAGCAGCCGUGUAGCAGAUGCAGCGCCCAGAAGGACGUCGAAUGCCACUAUGAAGUCCCUGUGCGACAGUCGAAGGAGAACCUCCGCAACGAGAUCGAGAAUUUGCGCCGCCAACAAGCCUCGAACGAAUCCGUCAUCAGCGCCCUCUCGCACAACGCGCAAUGGGAGGAGGUCUUGCGCCGACUGCGCAAUGGCCAGUCCGUCGAGGCCAUAGCGGACUGGCUGGGUAGCCAGCUGUCCUCCGGGCCUGGCUCGAUACCUACGUUUGGCCAACCCUCCGGCACGGGUACAAAUCUCACCAACCUGGCGAACUUCGCUGGUGCGAGCGCCGCCUCGUACACCCCUGGUAUAUCCAACGUGGCAAUUCAGUGGAAUCACUACUCGGGGGCCAGCCAGGCGCACUCCAACAGCAGCAACUCACAGCCUGACAUGAUGAGCUGGAGCCGCUCCGGACCUCCUCAAACAAGAGUUGGAUCGUGGGUUGCAGACAAUCUGUCGCAGCUGCCGCCUUCUGAGGGAACUUAUCGCGGCCUUGACCAGGUAUUGACACCGGAGAUGCCCCCUCCCUCGGGACUGCCUACCACCUGGACCGAAAUCAGCUCAGACAGAAGCUUGGUUCAGCACCUCCUUGCUCUCUACUUUUGCUGGGAGUAUCCGACGUUUGCGUCCUUGAGCAAGGAACACUUCCUAAAGGACUUCCACUCCGGGCGGCCUCGGUACUGCUCUUCGAUCCUCGUCAACGCCCUACUUGCGCUAGGAUGCCGGUUUUCGACCCAGCCUAGUACGCGUGCGAAUCCAGACGACCCAUACUCAUCGGGGGACCACUUUUUCCAGGAGAGCCUCCGUCUCUUUUUCUUGGAGGAGGAUCACCACAGUCUCACUACAAUUCAGGCUCUUGGCAUCAUGUCAAUUCGCGAGGCUAGCUGUGGUAGGGAUUCCGAAAGUUGGUAUUACGCAGGGCAAAGCAUCCGUCUUGCGGUUGAGAUGGGCCUGCAUCGUGUGAGUGACGAUUCGGGAGAUAGCGACGAGGUUGCUGUCCAGGCAGCUACAUUCUGGGGCGCCUUCGCGCUGGACCAUGCCUGGUCUCUGGCCACUGGCUCUUUGCCCCAGUGCUCCCGCUUCGCGCAUUUACCGCCCAAACCAGCCAUCAUGCCAGAUAUCGAGGCUUCUGUAUGGAUCCCGUACACAGAUGACGGUGCCCCGUUACAUAAGUCCUGCGAGCAGCCAUCUAAUGUCAGAUCUGUGUACAAGUGCUUCUGCGAACUGAGCGAACUAGUUCACGAAUCCCUUUACACACUCCACACACCGGGCCGACCACUCAGGGGUCCUGACGUUCUGGAUAUCUACACGCGGUUCAUGAACUGGUACGAGAAGGUACCGGUGGCUCUCAAACUUGGACAGAACUUCACUCCCGCAGUCCUCUUCGCGCACAUGUACUACCAUUUCGCCACAUUGCUUCUAUUCCGACCUUUUAUCAAACUGCGGAUCACAACGACGCAGUUCUUACCGAAAGAUAUCUGCGCCGAAUCCGCAGACGCUAUUCAGGGUCUAGCCAAGUCAUAUUCAGAUUUGUACACGCUCCAGCGUACACCCUCCUUCGUCCCUUACUUUGUUCUUACCUCUUCGAUUAUGCAUCUGGCAAUCGCAGCGUCGGGAACACCGUCAUCAGACCACCAGGCGGGAGCUACUGGAAGAAUCCCAACACAAGAGUCACAAGCGGGUCAUCCACCGGCCGGCCGUGGUCCGCCGCAUCUUAAGCCCAGUGUUACCAAAUCCAUUAACCAGGGCAUCGCCGACUUGACAGAGAUGGCACCGUGUCAUCACUUUGCGGAACAGGCUUUGAAUAUUCUACGAUACCUCGCGAAGAAGUGGAACAUCGAGAUCGAAAUGGAUGUCCCACGGAGUGUGAAAAGAGAGAAGGAAAAGGUGCAGCGGGCGGGGGGCGAAGCGACGCGUACAUCAGAACUCACGAGAAUGAAGGACCCCGAUUACGGAACACGGCCGGCCACAAACAGCCUCAAUUUCUUCGCGCCCAACAUGACAGAAAAUGACUUUAUCACUACUUGGGGGAACUCGAUGGCCUUACCGGUCGCACCAGAGCUCAGCUCGUGUUUUGCAGAUCACAGCCUUGUUGGCACUGCUCUGUUUCUCAUCCGAAAGGUGCUGCUGGCCUUGGAGCUAUUCGGUGGCCCGGCGGCGGUGGCAGAACUUCGAACUGAUGUACUCGGCUGCCAGGCGGCGCUCUACGAGUGGGCAGAGAGCUACGACACGAAGGACUGGGAGCGCCUGGCGAGGGCGGCGGCGCCUACCCUCCGAAUCGACUACCGCCCCUUCCUCGGCCGCCUCUGGGAGGCGAUGCCGCGCGCCGACUUUGUUGCGAUGGCGUCGGACCCGAAAGUCCUGGGGGACCCGCGGCUGAGGACGCAGCACCUCGUGGGCGGGGCGGCGAGGUGGGCCCGCGGGGCCAACGAGGACGAGGUGACGGGCUUCCACCAGAUGCGGGUCGCGCACCAGAGGUACGCGGACGACAAGAUGGCUGAGGUCGCGGCGAGGGGCCACGCGCACGGCAGGGCGACGGUGUGGUACCGCAGGGUGGAGGGGGCGUGGAAGUUUGCGGGCAUCGAGCCUGAUAUCCGGUGGACUGAGUACGAGCAUGAUCAGAUCUUUGCGGAGGGGGAGGAGAAGUUUAAGGGGUGA